UGAAUGCGCCGGCGUUUCUGAAGUUGGUUGGAGCCUGCUUGUUCUGUGGUGCGUGGCGGUCCCUCGGCGGCUAAGAGAGUUUUGGGAGACCGACAGGGUCCGCAGCACCCAUGGGGCUGGGUCCACGCUCCUCCCACAAGGCGGGGCGCCGGUUUCCAGCUGGCGGCAAACGGGGUCGCGGGGCCAAGAGGUCGGGGCGCCCCCCACCAGGCCGCGAGUUGCAACCCCGUCCGCCUCCGGACGCGUCCUCGGAGCUGGCUGUUGAUGCACAUCCUCACCUGAGCACCGAAGCUCUGGGGUAUUUCCGCCGGGCGCUUUCAGCUCUAAAAGAAGCUCCCGAGACCGGGGAAGAACGAGAGCUGAUGGUGCAGAAUGUAUUGAAGGAAGUGGAGGCUCAGGCCCUAGCCUUGGCCACGAACAGGAGUGGCAGUGAAGUGCUGCAGGAACUGUUGGGUUUCAGUCCUUUGAAACCACUGUGUCGAGUAUGGGCUGCUCUGCGCUCUAACUUGCGCUUUGUGGCCUGUCAUCGGUGUGGGGUCCAUGUGUUGCAAAGUGCUUUGCUGCAGCUGCCUCGCUUGCUGGGGAACUCUUCAGAGGAGGAAGAGGAGGAGGAAAAGGAUGGAAAGAAAAGUUCCCUGGAGACUCUGGAGGAACUGGUUCUGGGAUUAGCCUCUGAGGUGUGUGUUGAUUUUCUUUUCUACUGUGGAGACACACAUGGCAGCUUCGUGGUCAGAACUCUCCUGCAGGUGUUAGGAGGGACUCUUCUGGAGUCUGAGAGAGCCAGGUCCCGUGGCUACCAGUCACCUGAAGCACAAAGGGCCCAAGCUCGGGAAUGUAAGCCAACUGAUUUUGAGGUCCCUGAAACCUUCUUGAAUCGCCUUCAGGACCUGAGCUCCUGUUUUCUGCAGGACAUUGCUGUGUUUAUCACUGACAAGAUCUCCAGCUUCUGCCUUCAAGUGGCCUUACAGAUUUUACACCUCAAACUGCCCCAGUUUUGUGCCCGUCUCUGUAAUGCUGUGAUUGGCUACCUGAGUACCCGCAAUUCCUCAGCAGAUGGCAGCCCCCUACUGCUGUUUCUGCGGGAUCAAACAAGCUCCAGACUCCUGGAGCAGGUGCUGCUAGUGUUGGAGCCCCCAAGGCUCCAGAGCCUCUUUGUGGAUCACUUCCAGGGGCAGCUGCAGACCUUGGCUGCACAUCCCAUUGCCAACUUCCCUUUGCAGCGUUUGCUGGAUGCUGUCACUACCCCUGAGCUGCUGUCCCCUGUGUUUGAGGAGCUGAGCCCUGCCCUGGAAGCCGUGCUGGCCCAGGGCCACCCAGGGGUAGUUGUUGCCCUGGUGGGGGCCUGCCGCAGAGUUGGGGCCCACCAAGCCCAAGUCCUGCAGCUGUUGUUGGAGGCAUUCCACUGUGUGGCUCCUUUAUCCCGGCAAGUGGCCUGUGUGCCUCUCUUUGCCACUUUGAUGGCUUAUGAGGUGUACUAUGAACUAGUGGAGGAGGAGGAGGCAGUGCCCGCGGAGCACCAGGUGGAAAUGGCUGCAGCCAGGACCCUGGGGGAAGUGACAGUCCUUGGGUCUCUACUGCUUCAGCAUCUGCUACACUUCUCCACCCCUGGUCUUGUGCUUCGAAGUCUGGGUGCCUUGACAGGGCCACAACUUCUGGCUCUGGCCCAAAGCCCUGCUGGCUCCCAUGUGCUUGAUGCUGUCCUCACCAGCCCCUCUGUGACCCGCAAGCAGCGUCGCCGUUUGCUGCAGACCCUAAAGGGGCAAUAUGUAGCUCUGGCCUGUAGUCGCCAUGGCAGCCGUGUGCUAGAUGCCAUCUGGAGUGGAGCAGCCUUGGGGGCCCGGAAAGAAAUUGCUGCUGAGCUGGGGGAGCGGGACCAGGAGCUGAUAAGAGACCCUUUUGGCCACCAUGUGGCUCGAAACGUGGCCCUGACUACCUUCCUGAAACGGCGAGAAGCCUGGGAACAGCAGCAGGGGGCAGUGGCCAAGCGAAGACGAGCGCUGAACUCAAUACUUGAAGACUGAGGCCUUUGGAUCUGGGACUGGGUGUCGAUGGGGGUGGGAGGAAAGGGAGUAUCUAUCCCAUCCCUUUUCUGGUUUAAAUUGGAGUCAAAAGUCUUACUGGUAAACAUUUUAUAUAUUUUUAUUGGAAA